GCGCUGGCAUCGAUCGUGGGGCUGAUGAUUCAUGCCGUCGCCGACGGCAUUGCGAUGGGCGCAUCCGUCGCGUCCGCCGAUGCGAGCCUGACGUGGAUCGUGUUCGCGGCACUCAUGAUCCACAAGGCGCCCGCGAGCUUCGGGCUGUGCAGCGUGCUGCUCGCGCGGCGCCUGCACAGGACGGACAUACGCAAGGCAGUUGCCAUCUUCAGCCUGUGCACGCCUUUUGGAGCCGUUCUCACCUACCUCAUCCUCUCGCUGUUCUUCCGCGUCACACAAAUAGUGGUCGCUGGUAGCGAUCCGGCGGCAGCCAUGAUGGAAGGGGUGCAGAGCAUUGCCGGCACCACCAGCAGCGCAGUCUCGGGUAUCUACAUUGGCGCAGCGCUCACUUUCUCGGGAGGCACAUUUCUGUACGUGGUCAUGCACGCGCUC